CUUAAAGAGACAGGUAGAGUGUAAACAAAGUGCAAAGCAGCAGAGUUGUGUGCAAACUAGGCUACUGCAACCUUAUAAAGCAGACAGUACUGUGCACAGUGUUAAACUAAAGCAAGAAAACGGGGAAGCAGACAACACUCAGAACUUUAAAUUAGUCUCUGUGCUGUAUUAUUUUGUUAAAUACUGUACAAAUCAUAAAGAGCUUUAAUUUAAAACCGUAAAAGUGAAACAAUUCAUUUUACUACCUGACUUUAUUAGACAACAAUGGAAAUUGGAACUUCAGAUAAUGAUUCGAAAAAGUCUCAAGUAGUUUUGUCUACUUUUCCACAGCAAAUGCAAGAUGAGCUACAUGCCUCUUGGACAACUGACAAUAAUUUGGAAAGGCUAGCUACAGACUUUGAGUGGUGUCCCGUUAAGGAGGAGGAAUACGUACAGAUUCAUAGCUCAGCAGUGAAGGAGGCUAUCCCAUUCCAGGCUUCUUUGAACAGUGGUUGCCUUACCUCACCAAAUGAGAAGAGAUGGUUGCAGUAUGAUAACAUGGGCUAUGAAGGCAAUCAGAAUAACCUGAUCCCAUUGCCUAAGGAUGUCAAGGAAACAGCGGUCUCCAUUGAAGGGAUGACAUGUCAGUCAUGUGUACAAUCAAUAGAAGGCAGAAUUUCCAAAGUGAAGGGAGUUCUCACUAUCACAGUGUCUCUUGAACACAAGAAAGCUGUAGUGCAACACCUUUUGGCAGUAAUCAGCUCACAACAGAUCUGUCAAGAGAUUGCAGAUAUGGGUUUUGAUGCCACCUUUGAAAAAGGAAAUCUCCCACUUCUACAUACAAGUUCAUCAUCUAUGGCUGAAGCAGUGGUAAGAAUUAGGGUGGGGGGCAUGACCUGCCAGUCAUGUGUUAGCACAAUUGAAGGUAAAAUCAGCAAACUACAAGGAGUCCUAAAAGUAAAAGUGUCUCUUGAAAGUCAGGAGGCAACUAUUACAUACCAGCCUCAAACUGUUUGCCCUGAGGACUUAAAGAAUCAUAUUAUUGACAUGGGGUAUGAGGCUAUUGUCAAAAACAAACCCACAUCAGUAAAGCUAAAUGCUGCCGACUGGCAACACUUGCAGAGCACACUUGUAAAGAAGGAGGAAAAAGUCCGUUCAUCUGGAUUAGAGACAGUGGUUGUGGGUAUAGAAGGAAUGCACUGCAAAUCAUGCGUCCUCAAUAUUGAAAGCAACAUUUCAGACCUUCCAGGUGUGCAGAGCAUCCAGGUAUCCCUUGAGCAAAAACAAGCACUUAUUCUAUGUGAUAUGAAUGUAAUCACUCCAGCACUAAUAAAGGAAACAAUUGAAGCUCUCCCACCAGGCAAAUUUAAGGUGUCUUUUUCUAAUGGAAAGGAAGUGCACGAUGCACCUACCUCAACCGAAGUGUCUUCACUGCCUUGUUAUAAAAAAAUAAAGCCCGAGGAGCAGUCCAGUAUUGUUAAACAGACCACAGUAAUUCAUAUUAAAGGAAUGACCUGCAGUUCAUGUGUACAGUCCAUAGAGGGAGAGAUAAGUAAAAGAAAAGGUGUACAAUGCAUUUUUGUUUCUUUGGCUGAACAAAGAGGAACAAUACAGUAUGACCCAACUGAGACUGACCCGGAAGAACUAAGAACUGCCAUAGAGGAUAUGGGAUUUGAUGCCUCCUUAUCUGGUAGCAGUAAUGGAUAUGAUCCAGAAGAUUCACACUCUGUUAAAGCAUUGCAGUUAACUCAUCAGAAGGCAACAAGAACAAACAUGAAAUCACAGUCUCCAGACUACAUCUUAGAUGUUUUACCCAAGAAGCAAAAUCCUGACUCUCCUGGCAACCAGGAGGCCGAAGUCAGUGAAAAGUGUUUUAUACAGAUUAUGGGCAUGACAUGUGCAUCAUGUGUCUCGUAUAUUGAGAGAAAUCUAGUAAAGAAAGAUGGGAUACAGUCAGUGCUUGUAGCCCUAAUGGCAGGCAAUGCAGAGGUGAAGUACAAUCCAGACAUUAUCCAGCCUCUAGAAAUAGCACAGUUGAUCAAGGACUUGGGAUUCAUAGCUAAUGUGAUGGAAAAUCAUACUGCAUCAGAUGGCAAAAUAGAACUUACCAUUACAGGAAUGACGUGUGCAUCAUGUGUUCACAACAUUGAAUCCAAACUGACAAGAACAAACGGCAUUCUGUAUGCAUCAGUGGCACUUGCAACAAGCAAAGCUGACAUUAAGUUCGAUCCAGAAGUUAUCGGGCCAAGGAAUAUCAUCAGUAUUAUAGAGGAACUUGGCUUCCAAGCUUCUCUAGUUGAGAGAGAUGCAGUGGUGAAUAAUUUAGACCAUAAAGAGGAAAUAAGGCAGUGGAGAAACUCCUUCUUGUUCAGCCUAGUGUUCGGAAUCCCUGUCAUGGGUUUAAUGAUAUAUAUGAUAGUAAUGGAGUCUCAGCACCACGGAUCCAUGCCACCUGAGCAAAACAUUAUUCCAGGGCUAUCUAUUGUGAAUCUUGCUUUCUUUGUAUUAUGUACACCAGUUCAGUUUUUAGGAGGUCGGUACUUUUACAUUCAAGCAUACAAAUCUCUGAAGCACAAAGCAGCCAAUAUGGAUGUCCUCAUUGUUUUAGCAACAUCAAUUGCCUAUGCCUAUUCCUGUGUGAUCUUAAUUGUGGCUAUGGCUGAGAAAGCUGAACAAAGUCCAGUUACCUUUUUUGAUACUCCUCCAAUGCUGUUUGUGUUCAUUGCACUUGGAAGGUGGCUAGAACAUGUGGCAAAGAGUAAAACAUCAGAGGCUCUUGCCAAACUAAUAUCCCUCCAGGCUACAGAUGCAACAGUGAUGACUCUUGGACCAGACCACUCAGUAAUUAGUGAGGAACAAGUGGCUGUUGCAUUAGUACAGAGAGGAGAUAUUGUGAAGGUGGUCCCAGGUGGGAAGUUCCCAGUUGAUGGGAAAGUCAUUGAUGGAAUAUCCACAGCAGAUGAAUCUCUUAUCACAGGUGAACCCAUGCCUGUUAUCAAAAGACCCGGAAGUAUUGUUAUUGCUGGCUCAAUCAAUGCCAAUGGCACCUUACUUGUGGAGGCAACGCAUGUUGGUUCAGAAACCACACUGUCACAGAUUGUGAAGUUAGUAGAGGAAGCACAGACAUCCAAGGCACCAAUCCAGCAGUUUGCUGAUAAAUUAAGUGGCUAUUUUGUUCCGUUUAUCAUUGGCAUUUCAGUGCUAACAUUAGUAAUCUGGAUCGGUAUUGGUUUUCUGGAUUUUGAAGUGGUGAAGAAAUACUUUCCGGGAUACAACCAACACAUUUCUAAAACAGAAAUCAUAGUAAGGUUUGCAUUUCAGACAUCAAUUACAGUCUUAGCAAUUGCAUGCCCAUGUGCCUUAGGAUUAGCCACUCCCACAGCCGUGAUGGUAGGCACUGGUGUUGGAGCUCAGAAUGGCAUUCUUAUUAAAGGGGGAGAACCUCUGGAAAUAACACACAAGAUUAAGACAGUCAUGUUUGAUAAAACUGGCACUAUUACCCAUGGGGUUCCCAAAGUAAUGAGGAUGCUUAUACUUGGAGACAUGGUCCACCUAGCCCUGAAGAAGGUACUUGCCAUUGUCGGUACUGCUGAGGCCAACAGUGAACACCCCUUAGGAAUGGCUGUUACAAAGUACUGCAAGGAGGAACUUGGUACAGAAGCAUUAGGAUACUGUGCCGAUUUCCAAGCUGUACCUGGGUGUGGAAUCAACUGCAAGGUCAGCAACAUUGAGGCAGUACUUCUAAAAACUGAGGAAGAUGUGUCUUUAAGGAAUGAAGAAAACACAUAUAGGACUUUGAGCGGUGAAAUGUCCUCUGGGGAAAGUUCGCUGAUCAUUGACUCGAGAUCUGAAGGUGCAGUAGCCCCUCAGGUGUAUUCAGUGCUGAUAGGAAAUCGUGAGUGGAUGAAGCGUAAUGGCGUAGAUAUUUCUGCUGAUGUUGAUGAUGCAAUGAGUAAUCAUGAAAUGAAGGGGCAAACUGCUAUUUUAGUGGCCAUAGACGGCACUCUCCGUGGAAUGAUUGCAAUAGCAGACACUGUGAAGCCAGAGGCAGCAUUGGCAGUCCAUACCUUGAAGAACAUGGGUGUGGAUGUGGUACUUAUCACUGGUGAUAACCACAAAACUGCAAAAGCAAUUGCCACACAGGUUGGUAUCCAAAAGGUCUUUGCUCAGGUUCUUCCAUCUCAUAAAGUUGCAAAGGUUCAGGAACUACAGGACAAGGGACAGAAGGUGGCCAUGGUGGGUGAUGGUGUUAAUGACUCUCCAGCACUGGCCAAGGCAGAUGUUGGCAUUGCCAUCGGCACAGGAACUGAUGUGGCAAUUGAAGCAGCAGAUGUUGUACUUAUAAGGAAUGAUCUGCUUGAUGUAGUGGCAAGCAUUGAUUUGUCUAAGAAGACAGUGUGGAGAAUACGAAUAAAUUUUGUGUUUGCCUUAAUUUAUAACUUAGUUGGCAUACCAAUUGCUGCAGGUGUGUUUAUGCCACUUGGUGUAGUGCUAGAACCAUGGAUGGGUUCAGCUGCAAUGGCAGCUUCUUCAGUCUCUGUGGUUGUGUCCUCACUGCUUCUAAAACUGUACAAGAAACCAGACCGUGAAAAAGUUGAAGCUAUGGCCCAUGGUCAAAUGAAGCCACUUACACCAUCUCAGAUUAGCGUGCACUUUGGACUUGAUGACAUCAGACGAAAGGAAUCUCCAAGGUUAAGUGUCUGGGAUAGGAUAAGUCGAGUCAGCCAAGUGUCACUUUCUUCGCUCACAUCUGACAGGAGAUCAAAUCAUAGUGAAACAGCAGAGGUACAACAAGACAGACUGUCGUUGCUGAUGCUUGGAAAAGACGAAGAAGAUGAUUUUUUAUGACAGAGAUUCAGAAAGACCGAUGUGUAGAAUUUUGCCAAAACCUAUUCACACACAUUUUGUUUGGAAAGCCAUGAUUUAUGUUGUAUUUGCAGUUUUGUAUUUUCUAUGAACAAUCAAGAAACAAGUUAACUGAAGCAUAAGGUAAUUUAUUGUUAGGAGAAUAUUUAAUUGCAUUAUUAAAGUGAUGACUAUUUUAAAUACACACUUGAAUGGAACUAGUGUUCCAGUUUAUCAGUGAUAUUACAUCUUAUGAAAAGAGUAUUUAGUCAAACAAUGUCUGGCUCGGGCAAAGUGGGUGAGGACCUUGUCUUCACCAGAGAUAACAUUCCGAGCUCCCACUGUACAUGUGAUGUCCAUUGUGGUAUAAGAUGGACUAGACACAUAGGCAAUAGCAUUCCUGGCAGAUAUAUCCAAGGCUAUAGCAUAUCAGAACAUCACUGCAGAUCUUCACUCACUGCAAGAUAAGAGUGUUGAAAAUAAGUGCUAGGAGAAACAGGCCCGGCUUCCAUAACUGCUGACUCUGGCAGAGCAAUUAAACCCAAGAGGUUUUGCAGGGGACAGGGAAGAUGUAGGAAAAGGAAAGACUAAAUCAAUCCAGAAAUAAUUUAUUUUCAUUAACUGGACAGUCAUUAGCUAAGGCUCAUGUGAACCAUAUCUAUACAAGUAUGAAAAAGAUGUUAAUUAUUUCACUAAACUUUUGGAAUAAAUGUAUUU